UCAUGGAAACAUAACAAGCUCACUAUUUAUUUUUUUCAUUUAACCCUCGUCGUCCACAAUGAUGUGCGAUCCUGCCAAACGCAAUUUCCGCUCCCAGCUGGCGUCUAUACUGGAGAAGCUAACCAAAGCUGCGUUGCUUGAAAUCGGGAAUCUGGCCGAUGAAUUCUCGUCCGUCCUUCACACCGAGAUAUCGCUGCACAAGUCGGAGAACGAGGCCCUGAAGAAGCGGUGCUACUCGCUGGAGGUCCAGCUGAGAGCCGCUCGGGAGGCGCAGCCCUUUCACGUCCACGGCAGCGGCGUCAACUUCCGAAGCCCGGCAGGACCUCAGCAAACAGCUCCGUCUAUUGAAGGGGUGUAUGGGAAGGACUGGUGCAUGGAUCUGUGGAGGGAUGAAAAGAGGAUCGCUUCCCAGAGGAAAGGUCCAACAGAGCCUGUUGCCACAACAAGCAUGGGAGCUCAGGUGUUGGACCUGAUGGAGAGAGAACCAGAUCUUAUUUUCGUCAAAGAGGAAAUAUAUGAUGAUCAACCCAUCGGGCCGCAGAUUGGGCUUCCAGACCUCAGAAAAAAUGAUGCGAUGUUUGAGGCGGGAAACAUGCUACACAGAACCCUCGACGAAGUGCAGCUUGCCUCAGAUGACUUCUCUGUUUCGGUCGACGGCUCCGCCCCGCAACGCUUGCAGCCAAAUAUUAUGGACAAGUUGAUCGAGGACGCGGCGUUGAACCACCUGGUGGACGCAACCAACCCUCCCUCUGUCAGCGGUGAAUACUUGGACUACACAAGCAACGCCCACAUGAACGCCAGCAAAGAACUGGUCGCCCAGCCCAAACCUGCGAUGCCCGUCAAACGCUUCCAGUGCUUGUUCUGUGGCAAAGUGUUCAACUACAUGAGCAGUUUAAAAGUCCACAUCAGGCGACACUCGGGCGAGAAGCCGUUCAGCUGCACCGUGUGCGGGAAGCGGUUCGCUCAGAAAACCUACCUGAAGCUUCACCAGCGGGUUCACUCCGGGGAGAAACCGUACAGUUGCCCUGGCUGUGGCAAAAGUUUCUCCCAAAAAAGCUCACUGAACAUCCACAUUCGCACUCACACUGGGGAGAAACCUUACAGCUGUGUGGACUGUGGGAAAUGCUACGCCUACAAGUACGGCUUGAAUCACCAUCAGUGUUUCACUUAACACUGCAAACCAAAAUGCUUACACUUCUUUCUCAUGUGUGCGGGAGCAUUAGUUUGUCUCUCAUUUGACUGUCACACAAUUCAUUUCUGCCUCGCCAGGUUAUUUAACAAGUGGUCACUGCCAUUAGUAGCAAGUCUGUAUACCUCAGAAUGUAUUUUCAUAUUGAAAAUGACAUUGAUUUUCCUUCAUUUGUCACAUGCAAACUGUUUAUUAUAUACCUCAUUUCUAAUGCCAAGAUCGAUAACAGUGUUUGCACACACAAAAACAUUAACUUUAUCUACCUCUUCAUCCCUAACUUGGUUAAACAAUGUGUGCCUCAUCACUUGGUGUUGGACCAGUUGAAAUAAAA